CCCCUCCAUCUUGUUCGUUCCGUCCAUCCAAUAAGUCAACGGCGAGCUCGACUCGACUCGCUCUAGUCAGUGACUAAAGUUGGACGACGCGGCCCAUUAACAGCACAAGGUCGAGCAAACAACCUAUCGAGUGAGUUCUGACAUUACAUGUCAGAAACCCCUGAUUGCCUGACACCCUGAGUCGGACAAACGGCGGACCAUCAGACUUAGAGCGCCGAUUCAGGCAACCUACGAAGAAGCCACGGGCACUUGCCUACAACUAAGGAUUCUAAUUAACCUUAUCGGGAACUGACGUGGACGAACUGUUUCAAGCUUCCUAGCUAUAGAAAGGGUUUUAACAACGCCUAAUCACCGCCAACAUGUCAGGCCAAAAAACACGCCAAUGGAAAUUGUCCAACCCUCCCCAGGAAAAUGCAGUACUCGAGGGCGAAAAUACCACCUUCGCACUUGAGACGACAACGUUGCCCUCUCCCGGCCCCGAGCAACUUCUUGUCAAAACUCUCUUCUUAUCCAACGACCCCGCACAACGAGGCUGGAUCCAGAAAGACGUAGACGCAGAGCGUCUCUACACCAAGCCCGUUGUAAAGGGUGAAGUGAUGCGCGCUCAUGGCAUUGCCGAGGUGGUAGAAUCGAACGUCGACAGCCUAAAGAAGGGACAGCUGGUCAUGGGUAGCCUUGGUUGGACAGAAUAUGCCGUUGUAGGCGCCAAGGAAGUCCGACCCAUCCAAGCUGAUGAGAGCGCAGGUAUCCGACCAACACACUUCAUCGGCGCGCUUGGUGGCCCCGGUCUGACUGCUUAUUACGGUCUAAUUGACGUUGUGCGCGCCACGGCGUCCGACACGGUGGUAGUCUCCGGCGCUGCAGGAGCAACCGGCAGCAUGGUCGUUCAGAUAGCGAAACACAUUGUUGGGUGCAAGAGAAUCAUCGGCAUCGCCGGCGGCGACAAGAAAUGUCGUUGGGUCGAAAGCUUGGGCGCAGAUGUAUGCAUCGAUUACAAAGCCCCAUCUUGGAAGGAGGAUCUAAAGAAAGCCACCGAGGGCUUCGUCGAAGUCUACUUCGACAAUGUUGGCGGUGAGAUACUCGAUCUCAUGCUAACCCGCAUCAAACGCCACGGCAGAAUCGCUGCUUGUGGCGCUGUUGCAACAUACAAUUCCAGGGGUGACUUUGGCGUCAAGAACUGGACUGAAAUCGUCACCAAUAGGAUCGAAGUUAGAGGUUUCAUCGUCUUCGAUGCCAUUGAUGCUGGAAAGGCAGGGCCAUAUAUCCAGGAGUUGAUCAAAAAGGUCAAGGAGGGCAAGAUUCAAAUUGGGCCCGAGACAGAGACUGUGGUACCCACUAAAUUUGAGGAUGUACCCAAGACGUGGACGUUGUUGUUCAAUGGCGGGAAUACCGGCAAGCUGGUUACACAAAUCAAAGCAUAAGAACAUGGACCCAAAAACCCACGAUGUAAAUUCUGGGAAGGAUAUAUAGUGGUCCAAACUUAAGAAAGCCUUACAGUAGAUAUACACCAGGCAUGAUUGUCACAUAUACCAAACUCCAUACUUGAUUCCAACACAUGCC